AUGCUUGUCUCAGUCCCAGGCCCUUGCGAACCCGAAGACCUGCUGGAGGGGGUGAUCUUUGGGGCCAAGUACCUUGGUUCCACACAACUGGUCUCCGAGAAGAAUCCCCCAACCAGUGUCCGCAUGGCACAAGCUCAGGAAGCCAUGGACAGAAUUAAGGCACCAGAAGGAGAAUCCCAGCCCAUGACAGAAGUGGAUCUUUUUGUAUCGACACAAAGGAUCAAAGUCCUCACGGCUGACUCUCAGGAGGCCAUGAUGGACCAUCCUCUCCAGACCAUCUCAUACAUUGCUGACAUUGGAAACAUCAUUGUGCUCAUGGCCCGACGGAAACUGCCUCGCCGGGCAGAUGCUCCCAUUGACAAACAACUCUACAAAAUGAUCUGCCACGUGUUUUACUCAGCAGAUGCCCAGUUAAUAGCCCAAGCCAUCGGCCAGGCCUUUAGUGUGGCUUACCAACACUUCUUGCGUGCCAGUGGCAUCGAUCCCAGCCAGCUGAAUCCCCGACAGCCGGAUAAUGAGGAAGAUGACGACGACGAUGAUGAAGACACCCUGGCUAAGGGUGAGGAGCUGUACAAUGGAGAUUUGGCUCACUUCUCCAAGCAAGAAAACUGUAAGAAAGUCACCAUCCUGAAACAGAAGGGGGAGAUCCUGGGCGUGGUGAUUGUCGAAUCUGGCUGGGGUUCCAUCUUGCCUACAGUGGUCAUCGCAAACCUCAUGCACAGAGGGGCAGCUGAGCGGUCAGGCAAGCUGAGCAUUGGUGACCGGAUCAUGUCCGUCAAUGGGACGAGCCUCGUGGGGUUGCCUCUUGCUUCGUGUCAGAACAUCAUCCGGGACUUGAAACACCAGACUGAGGUGACGCUCAGUGUGGUUCACUGCCCGCCAGUCACCACAGCACUUGUGCGGAGGCCUGACACAAAAUACCCUCUUGGAUUCUGUGUUGAAAAUGGCAUUAUCUGUAGCCUGAUGCGUGGUGGGAUUGCAGAGCGUGGAGGGAUCCGGGUGGGCCACCGCAUCAUCGAGAUCAACGGGCAGAGCGUGGUGGCCAUGCCGCACGAGAAGAUAAUCCAGAUCCUCACCCAGGCAGUCAGUGAGGUCCAUAUCAAAACCAUGCCCGCUUCAACAUACCGCCUUCUGACAGGCCAAGAGCACCCUGUUUUCCUCUGAACAGAGACAAGAUGGAGGUCGCCAUGCCUUCUCCUGGGUCUGCUUAACAGCUUUCCUGCAUCUCUCCCAUCACAAACUUAACUUGCCUUAAAACAGGUGCAGAGGACAACACAAUUGCCUUUCUUUUUGCACUUUCUAAACUGCCACAGAAAUCUUUUCUGUUUGGCUUAUCUGGUGAGAGGUUUCUACGUGUUUGGAUUUGUAGACUUACCCAGCUUGGUUGAAUGAGUGGAAUUGAAUUCCUUGCUACAAUGCCAUGAUGGCUGCAAGAAGUAUUUUUGGACUUUGCCCACAUCUUGCGGAGUUCUUUUGUGCCUUGUGUCUUUCUCUAGCACUGAAGUGGAGUGCAAGAGUCCUGGGGUGGUAGGUUAGGGCUGUACCACAACAGGUCACAAGUGAUGGGGGAAAAAAUCUUAUUUAAAAAAAGUUUUCAUUUUGUGAAAGGGAGGGGGGAAUCAAACCUUUGAAAUAGUAAAACAACAUAGUGGAGUGUGGA